UCCCCUUUAUCCUCAUUCGCUAGCUAAUCAGCAGUCUCUAUCUAUCGUCAGCUUCCUCUACCCACCAUCAACAACGACCACAACAAAGAAUUGAAACGUUAAUCUAUGAGAACACAUACCAUCACAAAUCUAAUCAUUUCUGUGUAUAUUUGGUGACCUGUGUCUUGUUCUGGUGCGUGCAUUUUUUAUCCUUUACAGGUUUCGCUCUUCUUGCUACCUCCUUUCAUGCUCGACAUGAAUCUUCUUCUUUUUCUUGUUUUUGGAUUAUUGGAGAAAUGAGAUCUUCAGUCGGAGAGAUUAAUAUUAAUUAUGCGAACCCUUUGUGACGCUUGUGAGAGUGCUGCCGCUAUAGUCUUCUGCGCCGCCGAUGAGGCUGCUCUUUGCCAUGCUUGCGACGAGAAGGUCCACAUGUGUAAUAAGCUUGCUAGCCGACAUGUGAGAGUUGGUCUGGCAAACCCCAGUGAUGUUCCCCGUUGUGAUAUAUGUGAAAAUGCACCCGCUUUCUUCUACUGUGAGGUAGAUGGAAGUUCUCUUUGUUUGCAAUGUGAUGUGACUGUUCAUGUUGGAGGUAAAAGAACACAUGGAAGGUAUCUUUUAUUCAGACAACAAGUUAAGUUUCCAAAGGAUGCAGCUGACCCAACAACUUCACAAGCAGGAAUGAUGGGUCCAGCUGAGAAGAAGAAAGGACAAAAUCAACAAAAUCAUCUGAUGCCAGCUGAAGCUAAUUCUGAUGGGCAUGGCAGGAUGGAGAAUAAAAUGAUUGAUCUGAAUAUGAAGCCUGCAGCAGUUAGGGUUCAUGAACAAGCUCCAAAUGAUCAGCUUUGAUCAUCAAAAUGAAAAAGGUGGUUUAUAUGCAAUACUCUCAAGGUCAGAACUUUGGCAGGGAUUUAUCAACGUCUUCCUUUGGUGGCCCCAUAGUUUAGAAUGUCAAGUGUCAAUAAUUUUCCUUCUUUUUUCCGUGGGGAUGGAUAAUGCGGUUUUUAAUGUUUGGAAAACAUAUUUUUGCAAAUUCUAGUUUUGUUAUCUCUUACUGAUGCAGAUCUUUGAGUACGUCAUAAUUACAGUACUGAUUAUAAAGCCAUUAUUUUUUUUUUAA